CUGAGCCAUGAACUCAACGGGAACACAGGUUCUGCUACGAGACACGUUUGCAACAACAUUUGCCAAGAACUUCAUUCUGGUUGUGGUGUGGUUGAUCCUGAGCUACAUCAAUGGUAGUGUGGUGGCAACCUUCUUCAGCAACCAGAUAUUUUAUGAAGAUCCUCGCUAUAUCCUCUUCAUCCACAUGGUCACCAAUGAUGCCGUGCUGCUUACUCUCACUGUCACCAUGACUGUGGUGAACUACAUCAGCUACACCAUUAGUGUGUCUGUGUGCACUGGCUUUGUCCUUGUGGCUGUCUUCACGACAUACAACACACCUGUGAACCUGGCUGGCAUGGCUAUUGAGCGGUACAUUGCCGUUUGCCACCCCCUGCGCCAUUCCCAAAUCUGCACCGUCCGCCGCACCUACAUCUUUAUUGGCCUUAUCUGGUUCUUCUCUGUUGUCCCUGAUAUCACUGACCUCUUUGUGAUCCUGGCUAAAGAACCGCUCAGCUUCUUCCACACGUCUGUGUUUUGUGUGCGUGAGAACAUCUUCAAAGACCCUGUGCUUCAGCAGAGACGGGUAGUAUUUGAUGCCCUCUGCUUCUCUUUAGUCUUCCUCACUCUGGCCUACACAUACCUUAGGGUCAUUUUGGCAGCCCACGCCAUGUCCACUGAUAAAGUGUCAGUCCAGCGAGCCAGGAACACCAUCCUGCUUCACGGAGCUCAACUCCUCAUGUGUAUGCUCUCUUAUGUUUAUUCCAGCAUUGAAACUCUCUUAAACAUCAUUUUUCCUGGACAAAUCCGGGAGAUACGAUAUGUCAAUUAUCUCAUAAGUUUCAUUAUGCCACGCUUUCUGAGUCCAAUUAUUUGUAUCUGUAUCUGA